AAGAAGCAAAAGCGAGCGGUCCAAACGCAGCCGUGGUCCGACGCAUGCGUUUGGCAAACGAUAAGCUACGGACCUUGGAAAUCCGGUGACCGCCUUCGGAUCCCCACCCACCGUUGCCGGGUAAUGAAGAAAAACGAUAAAGUUGUCAGGACAAUCCCAUUCGAGUUGUGUUGUGCGACACAAUUGUCAUUAUCGAGGACUCUGAAAUAAGACUAUCGAUCCAACUCGCAUUUCCAUCGCAAGGUCUUCGUGAGGUUCAGGAUCAAGCAGGGUAGCCCAAGGGUAAACGAUCGCCAAUCAUGCAUCUCCACACUCUGAAGGAACUCGACAAUUCAGAGGGUACAGUGCAACUCCAUGACGUCCAAUCACAAGGCGAAAUCAUCCUCCAUCCAGCACCCAAUGCAAACGAUCCAAAUGACCCCUUGCGAUGGCCCAAGACAAAGAAAUACAUCUGCUUCGCCAGUGUCUGCGCUUUCACCUUCCUCACAAAUUAUGGCAUCGGCGGACUCGCGCCAGCAUUCUACCGGAUCAGUCUCCAAUUCAACAAAACCCCUCAUGAAACGAGUAAUCUGCUGCUCUGGCCCGUUCUGGUGCUCGGAAUUUCGAAUUUCUUCUGGGUGCCCAUGUCGAAUUACCUAGGCAAGCGGCCGAUCUUCGUCUUCUCCACGUUGCUGCUAUGCGUUUCAUUCUUGUGGGGUGCUCUCGCAAAAGACUACACCAGUCUGCUAUGGAGUAGCAUUGUCGCCGCGUUCGCAGGAUCUGCAUCAGAGGCCGUCGCUGCGGGUCUUGUGAAUGAUCUGUUCUUCACGCACGAGCGAGGUAACCUCUUUGGAUGGUACAUGAUUGCUAUCUCCGGCGGCAACGACAUUGGUCCGCUGAUCUGUGGUUUCAUCGUCGGUGGUACUUCGUGGCGAGUACACAAAUGGGUGUCGUUCGGUCUUGCUGCACUCAACUUUCUCACAGUAUUGCUUUUGUGCCCAGAGACACGUUAUCAACGCGACAACCUCUUAUCUUCAGCCUCGAUUGUAGACUCAGCUCCGGGAAGUCCGUCUGGUGAAAAGGAAACGAUUAAAAUCCACGAAAGCAGUGAUGAGCCCGCGCAAGUGGCAAAGAAGACGUUCCUGCAAGAUUUGAGCUUGUUCUCAGGAACAUGUCAGCAGACCAGCCUUGUGAAGCUGUUCCUGAGACCACUGCCGAUGAUCGUAUACCCAGCUGUUAUUCUCGCAUUUUUGGGAUUUGCCGUAAGCUUGGCGUGGGUGGUCGCCAUCAACAUCCUCAAUAGCUUCAUUCUUCAGGCCCCACCGUACAAUUGGUCCGCUGGAAUCAAUGGCUUGAUCAACAUCCCUGCUCUCAUUGGAAACUUGUUUGGAUCCUGGAUCGGAGGCUGGGCAGUUGAUCGCUACUCUGAUUGGCAGAGUCGCCGGAAUAAUGGAGUGUUCCAGCCUGAAACCCGGCUGCAUCUGCUCUGGGUUCCCGCUGUGUUGGUUCCAAUUGGUCUGUUGGCCUUUGGAUACGGUGUCGAGAGGCAUCUCCAUUGGACUUCUCUGUGAGUAUUGACGUUGAUAUUGAUCACAGAAUUGCUGCUAACGAUAUGAUAGCUUCUUUGGAAAUGGACUUGUC